AUGCAGCAGCGUCUCAGGACCUUAAUCAUAUCUAGCCACGUGAGCGACUCCAUCACGGUGGUGUCCGCGAGAUGUUCGUAUGGCUGCAGGCGUGUCGUGUUGCCGUGGGGAAGAAGCACCACGUUUCUUUCACUGUCCCAGGGGUGCGAUCCAACGCAAGCGCGAGGCGUCAGAUGGGCAUCGUCAGAAUCCGAUUCUGCAACGGUGGCUGCGGCUUCUUCGUCUUCUUAUUUGGGUUUUUUGCACGACGGUGCUGGUGAUUUUAUUGAUUUGGGCUUUGAAGAGAAUAAAAAGGGGCAUGCAUUCUCUGUGGUGACGUGGGAGCAGCAGCCUGCGCUCGGGGUCACGCGGGAGCCGGAGGUCCCCGAUGGACAAGAGUACUCGCGGCUCAACAUCCCUCUCGCUCACCCACGUGCUGGGCGAACGGAGCCUCGGCAUAACAGUCGCAGCAUCGCCACUACGAGUGAUACCAUUUGCGUCCAUGAAAAAAGCGACAAAAACGAGGACGGUGACCAUGACGCGGUCCAUUUGAAGGGGGCUCAUACCAAAUUCAAUGACGAGGGUGACGGCGGUGAGGGAUCCCUCCCAUACGACGAUGAGCUUUUUGCGGAGAUGCUGCUUAAAAUGGAAGUGGAGGGCGCCAUUGAUGAAACAUGGCAGGACGCACGCAAGGCCCAUAUAGAAGAUGUCAUAGAACUUUUGGAAGUUCUUCGCUCGCUUAAGGUACGCGACAUUUGCGCUAUAGAUGUCUCGGCAAAGACAAGCAAUUUUGACUACAUGCUUCUUGGGACAUGUGAAGGUCCACGACACAUUCAUUUAGCCGCGUGGGCAGUUCAGGAGGCGGACUCUUUGAAACGCAUUUCCAAGAUUAAACGUAAGCAGACUGAUCAUACUUGGGAAGUGGUGCCAGUUGGUAGAAUCAUCGUGAACCUCAUGCAGGAACCUCUUCGUGAGGAAAUGGCGCUCGAGCGUAAAUGGGCAGUGACGAAGUGCAUGGACCCCCUCACAGCAGCCAAUGCACCAGUGAGUGAGGGAAGACAGGUCAAGGCCCAUGGAUUAUGGACGUUGACGCUUAAUCUGCAGGAUUUAGAGGACUUUGAGGUGGAUUACUGCAAGGAUGUGUUGAUGCGACAGUUGUAA